AUGUUUUCCAAGAUCCUUGUGUGCUGCUUCUUCGCCUAUGCGGCCUGCGGUGUUGUGGUCGAAAAUGCAACCCAGCCAUACAGCUUCGCUUAUGACAACACCGACGAGUUCGGCACCCGGGUGACCCGUCAGGAAACCGGAGACGAGCACAACAACAAGGUCGGCUCCUACAGCUACAUUGAUCCCAACGGCAUUACCCGUGCCGCCAGUUACGUCGCCGACGCUUUAGGAUUCCGCGUCAACAUUGAGACCAACGAACCAGGCACCAAGACGUCUGCUCCAGCUGAUGUCUCCAUUGUAUCCACCGCCGACGUCGCCCCAGUUCUAGGGGCGGAUCCAAGGGCGCCAACUCCAGUAGUUGUCAAGGCCGUCGAUCCUGCUCCAGUAGUUGUCAAGGCCGUCGAUCCUGCUCCAGUAGUUGUCAAGGCCGUCGAUCCUGCUCCAGUAGUUGUCAAAGCCGUCGAUCCAGCUCCGGUUGUGGUGAAGACCAGCCAUCCAGAUCCAGUUACCGCGCAAACUGUCCCCACCACCCCUAUUGUUCAGUCUAGUCCAAUCACCUACGCUCAUCACCCAGGCCCAUUCACCUAUGCCCACCAGGCUACUCCAAUCACCUACGCUCAGCACCCUGCUCCAUUCACCUAUGCCCACCACGCUACUCCAUUCACCUACGCCCACCACCCUGUUCCAGUCACCUAUGGCCACCCCGCUGCACCGGUUGUGUACGGCCCACACGUCGCCCCAGUGCCCUAUACCGUGGGACAAGCUCCAAUUACCUAUACAAUUGGCCGUGUCUAGGGGUACCACUGUGCGAUAGAUGCAGAAACUAUAGCUAUAUCUGAGCAUAUAACUAAACACAAACUG